AUGCAACCAAUCAGCAAAAUUAGUGCAGCCAUCGCUUCUGCCACCCAAGAGACAACUUUCGCGCUCGCUAAUAUCAAUUUCGACUUUUCAAUUUGUAAAUUUGAAGCACCAAAAGAAUAUCGUGGAGUUGGACAGCAUCUGUCAGAGCGCCGACGAAAUGCUGCUGAGGAUGGUGAUGAGCACAUAUUCGCCCGCAAACUUGGGGCUCUGUUUUCCCCUGUUCUUCCCUCGACGCCGCAAUUAGUGACAGCAUAUGGAACUCGCUCAUCACAAAUAAUAGAAGCAUCGAGCAAAAAGGGCUUAAACAAUGGCCCAUUCCAGGAUUGGGUGGGACCCGAUGGAACAAGCAUAUGGGCUGCUGCAACAUCUGGUCCUGGGGCGAUUGCAGUCCAUCUACUUGCCUGCAUGUUGGCAAGGAUAUGGCCAGCUCGUGAAGCAGUUGCCAUAUGGGAGGAAAUAAUUGCUGGAAGGAAGGCUGAGCUUUCACUUGUGGAUCAAACGGAUCCGCUGUGGGUGUCUGCGAGCCUGGCGGCGCGCAUUGAGAUUUCAUACCAACAAAUUAGCAGCUGGGAUGCUAGUGCUAGAUCAUGGCUUCAGGUGGCUGAUACGGCAAAACUGCGACAACAAAAGCAGCUGGAAUUGCUCGCAUCAAAUCUUACAAUUCCAGUGAACCAAAAACCAAGUACAUACUCUAGUGUACUGGAAGCAUGGACAACAGGCCUUAGAUUUAUGGAGAAUCUUGUAUCUGGACUACCACAGUCGGUUCAAACUGGCGCUGAAGUUCUAGUACUCACAUCUUGGCAUCUAUACCCUGACAUCUCCGUUCUUGGGGCCGGCAACCCUCAUCCCGUACCGCAAAGGGAUGAGCUCAUCCCGCCCGGGGCGAUGAUUACCCUUGGGCAGUUAAGCUGCUCACCUGACCAGAAUGGGGAAGUCUAUUGGUCUUUACCCCUCGCCUAUCUGAAAUACUACGGAGAUCCAAUCGUAACAUCAAGAAGUAUAGGUGAGACGACAUCCCGCCUUACUGUUUUAGAAUUCUUCCUGGUUGUCCUAGGCUCUGUAUUUUGUGGCUUAAGAGUACAAGAAGCCGGCAUUGACAAGGCUUGCGAUCUCUUCCUCAAAGUCGCCGAACUUGUUGAUGCUGCUACUUCUCGUCGUUCUCUUCAGAAACCGGGUUCUUGGCUGAAGUACCUGGCCGAAGCCGCAAAGGACUACAAAGACUCUAGCCCCAACAAUGAGCAUCAAUUGGGUUUAAUGAUGCGUGGACAUCGACGAUACAAAAAUUUCCUUGCAGGGCCGACUGAAGAGCCAAGUCCACUGUCAAAUUUAUUUGACGCAGAUGCGUUGCUGCGCCUAGUAACGGAUCCCGAAGAUAAAAUAGAAUGUCUAAGGCUCUUAGCUCCGGACAUUAUCACACAGCCAAAUGCGCUACUAAUUCGAUAUCCGAAACCAAGGAGCGGGAUCAAAACCGACGAGCACUUCGAGGCUGCGGACCAUUCGAGAAUUUUUAGGGACGUGUAUGAUACCUGGGAGUUUACGACUGCCAUGAUUCGCAGCCAAAAUCCCCGAAAAGGGAGGGUGACACGCAGGCUGAACGUUGGUACACAUAUUCGAUGGAAGAUAGGUUCAAGAAGCAAACACAAAGGCGAGAAAGUUAGGGACUUAUCUACGGUUCAAGUAAUGGAUCGCAGUGAGAGUUCAUUCAGUUGGUCCGAAGAAGAGUCGUCAUCGUUCGGGGCAAUCGAUACAAUCUCGAACCCACCAUACGAAUGUAUUCUUGGAGACCCCAAUGAGGUAGCCCUUUUCAAACGCUACGAUGCUGAAAUUGCUGGUUCGUCAAAUCUUGACAUUGACGUCUUGCUUCUGAUAUUGAGCCGAGGUUGGGUCAACAACGUCGAACUCCUACAGCUUCUAGACAAUGGCGGCCCGCUGCAAUCCAAGUCCACGCAGUGUUUGGAGUCUUUACGAUGUCUCGCUGCUGCUGCCGAUGUAUACAAACUGAUGCCCGGCGCGACUAUUUCAGCUAGUGUCUUUUCCAAAUCUCUCGUGGACGCAAUAUGGAUGAAAGAAUUCUCAACGCCCCCGAAGAGAUACGACUCAGAAACAGAUACGCCCGGUAAGGAGCUACCAGACAAAGGAUCAUUUUUCCGGGGGGCCACCUUGGACCCUAGACAACUUUUCAAGAGUGAUUCCGAGCCAUCACUCGGAACAAGUGGUUUCUUUGGGAUUUCGCGAGAACAACCUAAAGAAUUUAUUAGUGAACUUUCCAAUGAGCAUCCUCGGAAGCGCAUGAAAUACGAAGCAGAAGCAUGCAAGGUCAACUCAGUAGAACAAGAACCAGAGCCAGAAUUGGAGUUGUGUAAGAAUGGGCUUCUAACUUAUGAACUGAGUCGGGCUCAGACGUUUGCAUGCAUUGCAAUGUUUGAAAACCGAGACGUCAAUCUACACCCUGAAAGCCUGAAGAAAGUUAUGGCCAUGUCAGCUGGCAAUUCUAUCUAUGUGGCUAUGCCACUGAUAUGUGAUCCAUUCGAGUGUCCAAAGGAGAACGAAGUAAAACACAUAAUCGGUAACAUCGGUAAACCAGGUGUGAGUUUGAUGAUACCGCCUGCUCCUCCAAAGAGGAAGAAAGUCGACGAAUACGUAUGGAAACACGCGACACAUGCCCUAUUUGAUGGCCAACUAGAUGAUUCAUUCAACCAUACUUCUCUUCAUUUAUCUUUUACGAAAUACAAACUGCCAGUGAAUUUUUCUCAUGGCUAUCAGAGUGUUGAAGGCAACUUUAUUGAGACGCUUAUCUCUGUCUUCGAUAAGCAAGAAUGGAUUGCAGACCUCGAUAUCUUGGGUGCCAUUGACGAGUUAAUGUGGGAGCGUAUGCCAAAUUCCUCGAAGAAAGAGUGUCGACACCAGCAAGGAGAAAAUACGCCAAGGUUCAGACUGACGUCUAUUGAUUCCUGGGAUGAGUUUUUGGAUAAGCCUAGCAAUUCGUGUAUCUUUCGGGCCUCAAACAACUGGCUCGCCCGUCUGUCUGCUGCUGCACUAAACGCAAACUUGGGUUCUCGCACGAUUAUAUUGGAUACCUCUAAGAGUCCGUGCUGGGACUGCCUCGGAGAUUUGGCGAGUAACUCGCCAGAUGAUCUUUCAAGAGAUCCGCCUGAGGAUAAGAAUCCAUUAUUUAUACAUUGA